GCGGAUUUUGAGACAAGGAGCAGGAGGCAGCGGUGAGCAGCCCCCAACCGGGUCCGAGGCUGAGCCCCCGAGGAGCCGCUCAGGAACACUGGCCCUGCUGCCAGAGCCCCAGGAGCCCCCAUGAGUGCCGGAGAAGGGAGUCCUGGAUAGCAAGGCCCUGUCUGGUCCAGGAGAGGGCACCCCAUCAUGGCACCCAUCGUCCAACACCUGCAGCAAGCCACCAAGAUGAUGAGCCGCAGGAAAAUCCUGCUGCUGGUGCUAGGGUGCAGCACUGUAAGCCUCCUCAUCCACCAGGGGGCGCAGCUCAGCUGGUACCCCAAGCUGUUCCCUCCGAGCUGCCCGCCACUGCGGUCCUCGCCGCCGCGCCCCAAGCACCUGACUGUGGCCUUCCUGAAGACGCACAAGACCGCGGGCACCACGGUGCAGAACAUCCUGUUCCGCUUCGCGGAGCGCCACAACCUGACGGUGGCCCUGCCGCACCCGAGCUGCGAGCACCAGUUCUGCUACCCGCGCAACUUCUCCGCGCAGUUCGUGCACCCGGCCACGCGGCCGCCGCACGUGCUGGCCAGCCACCUGCGCUUCGACCGCGCGGAGCUGGCGCGCCUCAUGCCGCCGGGCACCGUCUACGUCACCAUCCUGCGCGAGCCGGCCGCCAUGUUCGAGUCGCUCUUCAGCUACUACAACCAGUACUGCCCGGCCUUCCGGCGCGUGCCCAACGCGUCGCUCGAGGCCUUCCUGCGCGCGCCCGAGGCCUACUACCGCGCGGGCGAGCACUUCGCCAUGUUCGCGCACAACACGCUGGCCUACGACCUGGGCGGCGACCACGAGCGCAGCCCGCGCCGCGACGCCAGCUACCUGGCGCGCCUCAUCCGCCAGGUGGAGGAGGUCUUCUCGCUGGUCAUGAUCGCCGAGUACUUCGACGAGUCCCUCGUGCUGCUGCGGCGCCUGCUGGCCUGGGACCUGGACGACGUGCUGUACCGCCUGCUGCGCCGCUGCUUCGGCGAUGAGCCCGCCCUGCGGCCCGCCGCGCAGAUCCGCACCAAGCAGCUGCAGCCCUGGCAGCCCAGCCGCAAGGUGGACAUCAUGGGCUACGACCUGCCCAGCGGCGGCGCUGGCCCGGCCACCGAGGCCUGCCUCAAGCUGGCCAUGCCCGAGGUGCAGUACUCGAGCUACCUGCUGCGAAAGCAGAAGCGCCGCGGCGGCGCUCGUGCCCGGCCUGAGCCCGUCCUGGACCACCCCCCGCCGCGUCCCAUCCGGGCGCUGCCUCGAGGCCCCCAGGGUCCCUGAGCCCCGAAGGCCUGGGCACCCCCCCACUCAGACCUAGAGGUGGCCACUCCUCCCCGAAGGGGAGCCCCGCGCACAGGCUGGCGGGGCGACACCGCACCUCUCCCUGUCUGAGCCCGACUUCCGGGGUGGAGGGCUGAACCCCACCCUCGGGAAGGGUGCUGAUAUGCCCUAUCGAGCCCCGGGUUACCCUCUCCUACCUGACCGCUGGGAGGCGUCCACCCGAGCCCGCCCAGAACUGCCCACCCUGCCCUUUCCUGGGCUUGAGCCCCCACCUGGCUUCCAAGUGGGUGAGCCUGAGCCGCAGAGGGGGGCCGGGCCCUGAGGGAAGGCCGGCCAUGGGGCUCACCAGCCCUUGCUCUUCCGGGGUCACGUGCCCCCCACACUGUCCGUCUUCCACGUUCCACCACCACCCCCCUCCCACAGACCUAAGCUGCUCCCACACUCCCAGAACUGAGAGUUCUUGA